AGCCGCGGAGCGGGCGGCGGCGGCGGCGGCGGGGCUGUGCGCUCGGGGCGCGCGGAAUGUGAGGCUCGGCGGGCCUCCUGCGCGCACGGACGCUCGGACGGGCCAAGGGCGGACACCCCUCUCGCGGACGCCCGGCCCGCGCGCGGCGCCGGGGACUCGCCCUCUCUGUUCGCCCUUGCGCGCUCCCCGCGCCCUCCAGCGCCCCGGCGGGACCAUGAAGAAGUUCUCUCGGAUGCCCAAGUCGGAGGGAGGCAGCGGCGGAGGCGGCGCUGCGGGCGGCGGGACCGGCGGGGUCGGCGUCGGCUCCGGCAGCUCGUCCGUGGGGGUCCGGGUGUUCGCUGUCGGCCGCUACCAGCUCACCCUGGAGGAGUCGCUGGCGGAAGGUGGGUUCUCCACAGUUUUCCUGGUGCGAACUCAUGGUGGAAUUCGAUGUGCUUUGAAGCGAAUGUUUGUCAAUAAUGUGCCAGAUCUCAACAUUUGUAAAAGGGAAAUUACAAUAAUGAAAGAGUUAUCUGGUCACAAAAACAUCGUUGGUUAUUUGGACUGUGCCAUUAAUUCGAUUAGUGAUAAUGUGUGGGAAGUGCUUAUCUUAAUGGAAUAUUGUCGAGCUGGGCAGGUGGUGAAUCAGAUGAAUAAGAAGCUGCAGACAGGUUUCACGGAACCAGAAGUUUUGCAGAUAUUCUGUGAUACCUGUGAAGCUGUUGCGAGGUUACAUCAAUGUAAGACUCCAAUAAUUCAUCGGGAUCUAAAGGUAGAAAAUAUUUUGUUAAAUGAUGGUGGAAACUACGUGCUUUGUGACUUUGGCAGUGCCACUAAUAAAUUUCUUAAUCCUCAAAAAGAUGGAGUUAAUGUAGUAGAGGAAGAAAUUAAAAAGUAUACAACCCUGUCAUACAGAGCCCCUGAAAUGAUCAACCUUUAUGGAGGAAAACCCAUCACUACCAAGGCUGAUAUCUGGGCCCUAGGAUGUUUACUCUACAAGCUCUGUUUCUUCACUCUUCCUUUUGGUGAGAGUCAGGUUGCUAUCUGUGAUGGCAGCUUCACCAUCCCAGACAAUUCUCGCUACUCCCAUAACAUACAUUGCUUAAUAAGGUUCAUGCUUGAGCCAGAUCCAGAGCGUAGACCUGAUAUAUUUCAGGUGUCUCAUUUUGCAUUUAAAUUUGCCAAAAAGGAGUGUCCUGUCUCCAACAUCAAUAAUUCUUUGAUUCCUUCAGUUCUUCCUGAACCGAUGACUGCCAGUGAAGCUGCUGCUAGGAAAAGCCAAAUAAAAGCCAGAAUAACAGAUACCAUUGGACCAACAGAAACCUCAAUUGCACCUAGACAAAGACCAAAGGCCAAUUCUACUAGCACCACUGCCAGCGUGCUGACCAUCCAAAGUUCAGCAACGCCUGUUAAAGUCCCAGCUCCUAGUGAACUUGGUAACCACAGACCAAAAGGAACACCGAGAACUGAGGUUUUGCUAGGCCAGGGCCCGCCUCAGCAGCCGCCUCAGCAGCCGCCUCAGCAGCACAGAGUCCUUCAGCAACUGCAACAGGGAGAUUGGAGAUUACAGCAGCUCCAUUUACAGCCUCGCCAUCCUCACCAGCAGCAACAGCACCAUCAGCUACUUCAGGACGCCUACAUGCAGCAGUAUCAACAUGCAGUGCAGCAGCAGCAGAUGCUUCAACAACAGUUUUUGAUGCAUUCAGUCUAUCAGCCACAGUCUUCAGCAUCACAGUAUCCUGCAAUGGUGCAGCAGUAUCAGCAGGCUUUCUUGCAGCAGCAGAUGCUGGCUCAGCAACAGGCAUCACCUGAGUAUCUUACCUCUCCUCAAGAGUUCUCACCAGCCUUAGUGACCUACCCUUCCUCACAUCCAGCUCAGGUUGGAACCGCAAUGGACUCCUCUCAUAGUGCCAAUAGAUCAGUUGCUGAUAAGGAGGCAGUCGCCAGUUUUACAAAUCAGAAGAAUGUCAGUAACCCACCAGAUAUGUCAGGGUGGAAUCCUUUUGGAGAAGAUAAUUUUUCCAAGUUAACAGAAGAGGAGCUAUUGGACAGAGAAUUUGACCUUCUGAGAUCAAACAGGCUCGAGGGGAGAGCAUAUUCAGAUAAGACUGUAGACCCACUGUCUGCUCCACAUAACCAUCUUCCAGAAGAUCCUUUUGGUUCUGUUCCUUUCAUUUCUCAUUCAGAUUCUCCUGAAAAGAGAACUGAAUAUUCAUCAGUGAAUCUAGAACAUGGCCCUGUAAAUCCUAUCAAGAAUGGAAAAACAAGUCUGGUAUCUAAAGAUCAGCGGACUGCAAAGAGGAGUUCAGAAAAUUCAUCACUCCAGGGUCCAGUGCAGAAGGGGAACGAUGACUCUGAAAGUGAUUUUGAAUCCGAUCCCCCUUCUCCGAAGAGCAGUGAAGAGGAAGAACAAGAGGAGGACGACGUCCAGGGAGAGCCAGGGGAUUUUAAUGAUGAUGAUACUGAGCCAGAGAAUCUGGGUCACAGACCUCUCCUUAUGGAUUCUGAGGAUGAGGAAGAGGAGGAGAAGCACAGCUCCGAUUCUGAUUAUGAGCAGGCAAAAGCAAAGUACAGCAGGCAGAACUUUGUCUGCAGAGACCAGUCUGGUGGUGGACCAACCCAAGACCCCAACACAGUGCUCCUCACUCCCACCCAGCUAACCUCAAGAUCUGGGCCAGAGACUCCCAAACAGGAAUUUGAUGUAUUUGGCGCUGUCCCCUUCUUUCCAGUGCAUUCUCAGCCAGCCCUGGCAGGAAACAGUGAAAAGACCCUGUCUCAGCAGAGGAUUCCUCCUGUGGGGCUAGAGCAGGAGGAAUUCGAUGUGUUUACGAAGGCACCCUUCAGCAAGAAGGUCAGCGUGCAAGGCUGCCACGAGCUGGGGCCCAAGGCGCACCCUCUCCCUGCUUGUCCCAAAAGUGUCGAUGUAUUUGGUUCCACUCCAUUUCAGCCCUUUUCCACAUCCACCAGUAAAUGUGACAGCACUGAGGACCUUUUUGGGCUUGUGCCCUUUGAGGAAAUCACUGGGAGUCAGCAGCAAAAAGUCAAACAGCGCAGUCUACAGAAACUGUCCUCUCGCCAAAGACGCACGAAGCAGGAUAUGUCCAAGAGUAACGGGAAGCGGCAUCAUGGCACGCCGACCAGCACCAAGAAGACCCUGAAGCCCACCUACCGCACCCCAGAGAGGGCUCGCAGGCACAAAAAAGUGGGCCGGCGAGACUCUCAAAGCAGCAAUGAAUUCCUCACCAUCUCAGACUCCAAGGAGAAUAUCAGCGUAGCCAUGACCGAUGGGAAGGACAGGGGGACCGUCUUACAGCCUGAGGAGAGUCUGCUGGACCCCUUCGGGGCCAAGCCCUUCCCUCCUCCGGACCUGCCAUGGCACCCUUCCCACCAGGGCCUGAGCGACAUCCGUGAUCACAAUACUGUCCUGUCUGGGCGGCCAAGACAGAAUUCACUACAUGGGUCAUUCCACAGUGCAGAGGCAUUGAAAAUGGAUGACUUUGGUGCUGUGCCCUUUACAGAACUUGUGGUGCAAAGCACCACACCACAUCAAUCCCAACAGUCCCAACCAGUUGAAUUAGACCCGUUUGGUGCUGCUCCGUUUCCUUCUAAACAGUAGAUACGUCUCAUGGACUUGGGGGGUUAUUUUCUGUUUCAUAAGAGUAUGAAUAAUUUUAUGAACUUGGAAGAAAAUUUAUUUGUAUAGCUCUUUAUAUCAUUCAUUCUUACAGGUCAAUUCAGAGUAGGUGAUUUUUAAAUAAACCAAAUAGAAAAAGGAAGUAUCUCCACUACAGGGUAGUAACUUGCCGCCUCUUCCAAGCAGGAGAAAAGGGAGCUUUUCUGAGCAGGGUCGGAGCGAGGUUAGUGCUGCUGAUACCGCAGCACAGGAAUGCAGCAAGUGUGGCAGAGGCACCUGCAGUGAGAGCAUGCGACACGCAUGCAGAGCCACUGAGAAGGGCCUGUCAAGUUAGAAUGUCACUUGGGUGUGCACAUCCCAGGCUCACUUGGGAUCUAGCAUUUCAGACUGGGGUUAUUAUUUGUGCAUGUACAGGCUGUGUCUGUGGAGUCUUUGAAGGGAGGUGUCUUGUAAGUUCCACACAGUGAAAGAUAAUCCAGCUCUGUUUAAGGAGAAAAACAUUAUCUGGAGAGUGCAGAGAUUUCAGCCCAUAUAUCUUUCUUAAAGAAACAGAGCCAGAAGUAACUGACUAUUGUGCCUAAAACUGUUUCAUUUUGAAAACCAAGUGCCAUUAAUACAGAAUAGCUAAUGAUAAGGAACAUGUGAAGUAAUCCAUAUGUUAAUUAGUUCAAUUUAGCCCUUCAACAACGUAUGCUGUUGUACAUGAUAAAUAUAUACAGUCUUCACUUACAAGUUAAAAAUUAAUGUACGGAAUGUCUACAUUGAAGAACAGGAUACAUAUAGCGACUUCUGUAAAAUGUCAAAGAAAAUUAGAAGCAACACAGAUUCAGUACUUAAGGAACAUUGCACAUGACUGGAAGGGCUGCCUGCCCUAGACUAUUAUCAUGUCCUUAAAGAAGCAUAUUACUGGAAGCAUUGGCAGUAAGGACAAGGCUUACAGAAAUUUUACUUCAGGAAAGGAAUUGGAAUUUGGAGCACUAAAUUUUUCAAACCAUUUUUCAAACCUAUACAAUGUAAAGUUGCAUUUACUAAAAUACCUUAUUCAGUGAUCACCUUCACCAAAUACUCCCCAAUUAAGAGCCAACAAUUACUUUGGUUAGGUUCGGAGGGCAGACUGGUUUAAACCAGAUGCACAGAACUGUGCUGCUCACAACGCCUUACGGGCAGGACCCACACGUCCUGCUGCGCGCAGCUCCGCACCAAAGCCGCAGAGCUCAUGGUGGCCACCUGGGGCUCGCCAUGAGGGACUAGCAUCUUACCUCUGCUAGCUGACUGUGCUGUCCGGGUAAAGGGCCCGCUACCAAACUGCCUUUUCUUUUUCAAUACAACACAUCUUAGUUUUAAAUUUGCUAUUUUUUUUAGCAAUUGUUUUUGACAGAAAUUAUAUAUGUGGAUUAAUGUGAAUGCAAUAUCAUGUUUCCCGUGUCAAUUAUAAGUUACAGUUAACUGUCCCUUCCUGUCAGUUCAGCCUUGAGAAGUUUCCAAAGAGGGGUGGAAACUCAUCACCUGACAUUCUCCUUGAUUUUAAGUUAACUCUGAACCCAAUUAAAGUACAUUUUGCGAAUAAUUUUGUCAGAGUUUCUGCAUUCUAGUGCCCCACUAGGAUAAUCUGUUUCACAUGUUUCGUACUUUUUUUUUCAAUUGCUUUUCUCUUUUAUGCUAAAUCAGUAUCAACCUGCGGCCAGCUGGGAAGCAGUACGUGAGUCACAGUGUGGCGUUGUGUUACUACUUAGAGUUACACCAUUAGAGCUGGACUUGAGCAGGUACUUGGCCUUGCGCCAAAUGCAACUAUUACAUUUGCACCUUUUUUCUUGCCCCUAAUUCUCAGGUUAAUACUGCUAAUGCAAAUGUUCAUAUAGGUGUUCUUCAAAACUUAAUAGAGUAGAUGUAAGUUAAUACUUUCAUUUAUAAGUGAUGAGUUGAGGAUUACACAGUAAAUUCAUGAACUACAUAGAGAAUUGUAUCAGACACUUUCUUUCCCCCUAAACAAAAUCUUGUGUUUACCAUGUGCUUUUUUGAUUAUUUAGUCCUUGGUCUCUGCUAUAGCUCAUGAGCUUCAUCAUGUAGAGAAGUAGUGGUUGAAUGGAAAGGGCCUCCUCAGGGCAUACGCAUAAAGCACCAGAGUUUUAUUUUUGAAUACACUGAAUAAUUUUAAGGGACACAGAUGCUGAUAGAGACCCUUUGGUUUAUAACAUUGGAUAAAAACUGAGGAAGCUAUUCUUGACAAAGUUUAACACAUUUACAUUCUUUUAUUGCAGUAUAGCUUCAUGACUUUCCUUUUUGAGAUUGUUGCUUAGGAAAAGAUUUCAGAUGUGACUUGA